GUCGACCAUACUUUGUCCAAGGAAAUCUCUUUCAAGCAGAUUCAUACAAGCAAAUAUCUGCAAGCAAAUCCCUACAAACACAUUCCUACAAUCCAAGUCGACCAAACAUUCCGAGCGAAGUCUCUCAAGUCAGCGACAGCGCGCAUCUUGAUUCAUCAGGCACGAUCACAAUGGGAAUUCUCGGACUUGUUCAAGCAUCCAAACUUGCGGCCAGCUACGAUAUCGAUGCUGCGGAACUGACCCUGUUGGCCGAAGGCACCGUUCUCCAAGCAACUUCUGGGUAUGAGUUUCGACCCGUUUCAGGAAAAGCUUUGUCAUAUAGCCUUGAAGCAUGGAUCGAACCACUUACGGGCCAGAAGACCCCAUACAGCUACACACAGAGCUUUCAAUUGUCUCAAUUCCCUCCUCCUAGGGAAGUCUUCGUCAAGGAUGCAAACCAUCCAGAAGGUGUCCCUGUCAAGGUCCAGCUCGGUGGAUUUAUUGGCCCCCAGCCUCCACCACCGUUGACAGCAGAUGGUACCGCUGGCAAGCCGGCCGCUCAAUUGCAGAAUGAGGUUUUGGCUCCACCACAGGAUGUACUGAAUGUUCUGUACGGCGAACCCUUCAACAUCAAGGAGAGCGCCGAGACCCCCAAGUUCGGCUCAGUUGAGAUCAAAUUCGAUCCUCGGUUCCUGGUUCUUAGCACUGCAGGGGUCAAUGACGGUGACAUUGUAUGGAAAUUUGACUCGCUCCAGACUGGAACUACGCAGGUAAUCGUCUCCGUCUACGGCGGAAUCGCCACGUAUGUUCGGACAAUCGUGUAUACCGUCCGCGUCUUCAUACUUCCUCUUGAGCCCGGGCCAGUCAUCAACGCUGACGGAACGCCCCAAUCUGACCGACCGAAGUCGAAAAGUCAUGGUCCAGGGGUCAUUGGUUUUCUCGGACGCGCCGAAAUCGCUCGCCGCAAGGUGCUGGAGAAGUACCCCAGUGCGGUGCUGUACUAUGUUCGGGCCUGGACGAGGAGUCCCAGGGGCGUCCAUUCUCCUUACGAGCUGACGCAUAUGGAAGUCGUCUUCCGCCUUAAGGAUGGCGUUGCCACCAUCACCUCGACUGGCUACGACGAUUUUGGCCCUAUCGAGGUCCGCCAGGGACAAAUCGUCGGCAACUCCAACACUGACUGGCCCCCUACUAUGGACGCUGCUGCUGCCGAUGCAAUCCUCAGAGAACAGGGCCAUAGAGGGAAUUACUAUGCCCUAACUCUGCGAAAGCCGAUUUCCCCUGGAGUCGACGAAGACUAUUACGUCUUCGGCAUGGUCCAUGGACCCGAGGUGUCCAUUGGGACAAAGGGACACAAGGUAGCAUUUUAAGUCUGCGGGAAAAACCCGCAGGCAGGCUACGAGGAAUAUGUUCAACAAGAACAUAUGCAACGACCCGGGUAUGAAAAGAAUUGGCCAUGAAGUUCACCCCGUAAUUUAUGUAAUAUCGGUUCAUAUUCCGCAAAUUCGAGCGAUCUCAUAGGAGUGGGCUUUUGGAGCUCGUAGAGAUAGAAGGUGUCGAGAAACAGAAAGUGAGCAGUAAAGCUGCAGUUUAAGAAAUGAUUAUUCGAGUCCCUUAGAGAAAGCCUUUAUGACAUUCUUAUUGGCUGAGGAGAUAACGCUUGCGCUCUUAAGGGUACUAGCAGGGGGGUUCCCGUUGAU